GUAUAUUCUCUCUAUCUGUCUCUCUAUUCUCUAUACGAAGCAAUGAAGAAGCUUUACCGGAAAGGAACCGUGCACCCGUCCCCGCCGCAGAUAAAAUCAGACGACCAGCUUCUCCAUCUCCUUCCCGUUGCCAUCUUAUCACUAGCGGCGGUUCUUUCUCCGGAAGAUCGUGGAGUCCUGGCUUACCUCAUAUCAACCGCCUCUUACUCCAGCGACAGAAACUCUACCUCUCGCCUGAACAAGACCAAACUAGACAAACAGUCCCACUUCAACAACCACUCGCCUCUCUUCCAUUGCGACUGUUUCAGCUGUUACACGAGUUACUGGGUCAGCUGGGACUCUUCACCAAGUCGCCAGCUGAUUCAUGAGAUCAUUGACGCUUUCGAAGAUAGCUUGGAUAAGAAGAAGAAAGAAACAAAGAAUAAGAAGAACAUAAAUGGGAAGAAAGAUCGGAGAAAGCGUUCAGUGAAGUCUCCAGCUCUCGCUAGUUCUAGCUUCGGUACGAAUGAUAUUCCGAGUCAACUCAGUGAGCCGAUUGUGAGUUCGAGUCCUUGUCCGUGUUCAAGUUCGAGCGUGUUGGUUGAUGGUACUAGUGGUUGCAAAGGCAGUUUGGGGUCAACGGAGGAGUUCAGUGCCGGAGACGUUGGUGAAGAAGCGGUGGAGGAGGAGGAGGAGAAAGGGAACGUGAGUAGAUUUGUGAGUUUCAUUGGUGAGAAUGUUUUUGGUGUUUGGAGAUAACAAAACUUUGUCCCAAGCAUAUAACAAGUACCCACUUCUUCGUCCCGGACCAUCUCAAGAAAAACUAUAUCCGAAAUCCUUUUAAUCUGGCCUAGAAAAUGUCUGUAAAAAAUUACAAGAAAUAAAAAUGUGGAAAUGUUUUCUUAUUCACUUGGAUCUAUCUAGGGUAACAUGUUUGAUUGUCCGAAAGCUUUCUUAUAAGCAUUAGCUG